GAAAGAAAGUGAUAUAUUGAAUUUUGAACGUUGACCUUGCCUAAAAUUACUUACUAUAAAAGCGGCUCCUUGCACGGAUUAUGUAUCAGUCGGUCAAUAAUUUUGUCAACAUGUUCACUAAAAUCGUCACUUUGAGCGCCAUCCUGGCUGUAUCAGCUGCUGGACUUUUGCCCACAGCUCACUACUCAUCAGCCGCCGCUGUCUCAUCCCAAAGCAUUGUCCGUCAUGACCAACCCCACGGCAUUGCUGCCGCUCAGGUCGCAUAUGCUGCCCCAGUAGCCUACUCUGCCCCAGUCGCCUACGCCGCUCCUCGUCUGUCCGGCCAUGCUGUCUCUUCUCAAAACAUCGUGAGCCACAACCAGGGCUACGGCGCUAUCGGCUACGCUGCUCCUGCCCGUGUCGCUAUCGCCCACUCCGCCCCUGUCGUCCACGCCGCUCCCAUCGUACACGCCGCUCCCGCCCACGGUUACAUCGCCGCUCACCAGCCUGAACCUUAUGAUGCUCACCCCAACUACGAGUUCUCGUACUCCGUCGCUGACGGCCACACCGGCGACAACAAGUCCCAGCACGAGAGCCGCGACGGUGACGUCGUACACGGCGAGUACUCCCUGGUCGAGGCUGACGGCUCCGUACGCAGGGUCGAGUACUCCGCCGACGCACACAGCGGCUUCAACGCCGUGGUCCACCGCUCCGCACCCUCCGUCCACGCUGCCCCCGUAGCCCAUGCCCCAGCACACAUUCUAGCUCAUCAUUAAACCUAUAUUUUCAUAGACAUGUAAAUAACUAUUUAUAAACGACAAAAAUAAAUUCAUAAAAUUAA